AAUUUCCCCUUCCGCUGCCGUCUACUCCGGAAACCAAAAUCCGCCGCCGCCUUCCCGAGCUCGGACUCGACAGCCAUCAAGCCAUGGCCUCCCAACUAGGGCCACCGUCGCCGUCGCAGGCGCCGGCGAAGUAUGAUCCAGCGGCCACCACCAUCGCUGACAUCGGCGACGACCUCCUGCGCGAGAUCUUCCUCCGCCUCCCCUCCCUCCCCAGCCUCGUCCGUGCCGCCCUCGCCUGCCGCACCUUCCUCCGCGCCGUCCGCUCCUCCCCCGCCUUCCGCCGCCGCUUCCGGGCGCUCCACCCGCCUCAGAUCCUUGGAUACUUCAGCAACCCCUUGCGCACCGCCAUCCCUGCCUUCGUCCCCUUCCGCAGCCGCUCCGACCCGGACCUCGCCGCCGCCGUGGUCCGCGGCUCCGACUUCUUGUUCACCCGUCUACCGGAAGACGGCGACGACACUAGGUGGGCGUUCAAGGGCGACUGCUCCGGCUACGUCUUCAUCCACAACCAGAGCACCGACCAGAUCGCUGUUUACAACCCCCUCACACAGGCGCUGAAUGUCUUCCCCUACCCACCUCAGGAGGCCUGCGAUUCCCGCUAUCUUUAUUUUCGCAUCAUCUUCUCGGAAGACGACCAGAUGUCGUUCCGCGUGGUAUGUGUUCGUCGCCGCAGGCGGCGGCGAAGAACCAUGGUUCGCUUCUCUGUCUUCUCAUCGGACAGCAGGGAGUGGCAGGGUUUCUCGUGGGUGGACACCUCAAUGCCGCAGGCUGGGGAUGAUGGAGGUGAUAAGUGCAUGCUCUCGUCUUACACUGCUACGCCGGUGGAUGAAUUUGAUAGAUUAGUCUACUGGAAACACAAAAAUCAAGCAUAUAUAGUCGUCCUCAAUGCUGGGACGCUGCAGUUAUCUCGAAUGGAUUUGCCGCCGCACUUGAAAGAUAUGGACUCCACAGAAUUUGAGCUUGGUCUGACAAAGGAUGGGGAGCUCUGUAUGGCUUUCACAGACCAGUUUGGUGCAAACGAAGGGAUGCUUGCUGUUUGGUUUUGGAGAGCUGAUGGUGGUGGUGUUGAUAAAUGGAUGCCGCACAAGAUUUUCCCACUGAACAAAUUUGUUGAUUUCUCUAUGCGUUCAGAAGAGUACUAUGAUGUCACAGCGCAGGUUAUCCGAGUCAUAGAUGGUUUUGUGUACCUGUCUGUUUAUUAUCUGUAUACAAAGUGCUUCCUAUCCUUUUGCCUGGAAACAGAGAAGGUCAACAAGCUCUUUGAGUAUGGACUUGGCGUCCAUCCCUACAUCAUGCCGUGGCCUUCUUCUUUGGUAUGCAACAAGGAGGAUUUAGAAACCAAGGUUACUGGAGAAAAUGUGGCAGAAGAUGGUCCUGUGGGCAUAGAAGAAACUCCCUCUGUUCUUGUCACAGCAUUGCGAUCAUAUAAAGAAGCUCUGAUUAAUGGCGAUGGGGCAAAAGUUGCAGAGAUAGAGGCAUUUCUACUUUCUAUUGAGGACGAGAAGAAGUCUCUAGUUGUAUCUCGAGGAUAAGUGCCGCCAUUGAUGACUACGAGAGAAGGGAAGAAAGAGAGAGGUGAUGACCAGUUGACCCACUUGUUUGCCAGUUGAACCAGCAUCUUUGGAAUGAUCAUGGUGUAUUUCUUUCAAUGAGAUGGCCUUUUGUUUAGAUGUGUUGGUACUUGGUACUUUGGUUUUUGAGACAAUCAUCAUGUGCUAGAUUCAAAUGCUUGUAGGGCUUGUUUUUUUUUUUGAAAUUUUCACCGGGGGAGGAGGGGGGCCCCCUCAACCACCUGAAUAUAUUCCAUCAAAUUUGCCUAGAAGCCUCGCAGCUCCAUACAGGAUAGGUUCAAGUGAACCAGAAUGUAACCAUCAGUAGGAGUACGUAUUUGGCAAUAUGGCCACUUAAUUUGCAUCUUAAUUAGCUUGAGUACUUGUCUGUUGUGGGUCCA